GUUUAGUAAAAUAAGAAUAUUUCUUGUACAUUUCAAUCAUAAGUAGAUAUGGCUAAAUUUAACUCUCAGAUUACUACGCUAUUCAUUGUUGUAGCUUUGGUGUGUGGAUUUGUUCCAGCUUUCUCAGUCGAAGAAGCUGAAGCAAAUUUAUUGUGGAAUACUUGUCUUGUUAAAAUCACUCCUAAGUGUGCGUUAGAUAUAAUUGUUGUUGUCUUCGAAAAUGGAACAAUGCCUGAUCCUUGUUGCAACGAUCUCGUCAAAGAAGGAAAAGUGUGUCACGAUACGCUUAUUAAAUAUAUUGCAGAUAAACCCAUGUUAAUUGCUCACGAAACAGAAUACUUGAAGAAGAGUGUUGACUUGUCGAAACAUUGUGUCUCAAUCUCCAAAAGUGCUUGAAAUGUAUAUUGCGUGUACUAUUUUCACCCUAUAAAUUGAUAUUUUUCUGUUGUUAUAGUUUUCUUCACACAAGCCUUUAUAUUUUAACAUAACAACA